AUGGGUCAGAAGAAGCCCUCUCUGCGCAGCAAGGCGGCGCAUCUGGUCUCCGAUAUCACCACCGUCCUCCUCAAUCCCAUAUCCGACGAGCCAUCUACUCCACGUGUGAGUGUUUUCUCCUCCUCGCUCCAUCUUGCCCUCCGUUUGGGGCAGUUUCCGAGAUGUUUGUACGCGAUCAUCGCUUUCCGUCUCGAGGGCACGGAUUUUAGACAAACUGGUUCUCGUCCCACGAGAGUGAUCCCACUGGAGGAAAAGAUAGCUUCAGCUGUUCUUCAAGAAACCGAAUAAGCAGAAGGAUACUUAAGAUUUUUAAGGCUAGAACAAUCUUUCAAUCGGAGACGCACCAUUGUUCUGGAUCAAAACAGUUGCUCCUCCUGAUCAGGUCGUGCAGAGUGGACGCCACCUCAUUUCGCGGUGUUUGCUUACCUCAUUCGCUCGAUUAUACUGUCGUCUUAUGGCUCAUCUCAGGAAAAUCUGUUGUCUCUAGGGUUUAUGUGGCUUAAUACGAUCGUGAUCAAGAAUUUACGAAUCAGCUGUAAUUUUAAAAUCGAGAUCAUCCAACUGUAGAACGCCCUCAUAGUUGUUCUACAAAAUAAUUUUGAUUUAUAAUGGCAUCUUAAAAUUUUGAACGGGUAUAUCUUCUGAGUUGGGCGUCUUGCAUUUCUUCCACAAAAAAAAAAGAAAAUUUGGCAAAUGUUUUAAAAUAAUUCUCCGUUAUUACAUUACACUAAAAAUCUUAGAGAGCCGCCGCCUCUCGGGAGCUCAUCGUUUUCUUCUGAUCGUUGACCUCAGUUUUAUCAUCUCCUUACUGUUUUCCUCGUAUCGGAUUUGGCCAGGGGGACGGUGCAGCAAAGGAAAGCCCGGAAGAAGAAGCUCCAGAAACCGAGUCCAAGGUCCUGGUCGGGCCCGAUACAUCCUCUUUUACCGCGUUCUUGGCUUCACUUCUGUCAUCUGCGGAGUCUAGCGAUCAUUUUAGCGUUCAACCCGAGGAACCCCGUGCCAGGACGGAGGAGGUGGCGUCCUCCUCCUCUGGGAUCAAUGAGAAUGCUGGAAGAAAAGGCUUGUUCUCCAGAGGGAAGCAGUCCCUUGGUAAAGCUCUCCAGAAGGCAUCUAGAAUGGGUGGCUAUAGAGAUAAAAGAUCACACCCAAGGUCUGACUCCGAUUUGACGAAUGGUUCGAGCCUCUCUUCGCAUGGGCCGAUGCCGGUGAACUCCCCCAAGAACAGUGCGUCUCAGAUUAGUCUUCCAGCGAUGUCGGAGCCCUCGUUGCUUCUUUCAGAAAGCUUCCGAGGUGAUCUUUAUGCCUCACUGCCGGCAGUAACACAGGGGAAACAUUGGGUCCUUCUCUACAGGUGCGCAUAUGGAUGCUCGAGGCGGAAGUAACUCCGAUACGAGGACUAAGGAAUCUGAUCGCUGAUAAUUUCUUCUGUGUGUUUUUCAGCACAGCGAGGCACGGGAUAUCACUCUCCACGCUGUACAGAAGAAGUUUGCUUUGCCCGGGUUUCUGCUUACUGGUGAGGACCCAACCGUGGAUGUUUAUGUUCUUUACCUCUAGAGGUAGAACGAGCAUUAAAAAUCUGCGCACCAUUUUUUUUGCAUUCCAGUUCUUUAUAUACAUUUUAAUUCAAAAAGAGAGCUCAAACAGAUGGAUAUCAUAUUUUUUGAGCUAAAUCUGAUGAAUUUUGGAGAUCCCCUGCUAAAUUUCGAGAUAAAGGCUUCUGAUCUGAUGUAUUUUUAGGCCGGAUCUCUGGAAUCACAGGUUCUUCUCCCGAUAAAAAUCAUCCCUUUCCACCCUCAAAUUUGCAAGACAGCCUGAGAUAUAUUCGGCUUUAGAACCACCAUCGGCUCUGAGACUCUGUUCAAAUUACUGGCAGGGCCAUGUCUUUAUACUCUCGAUGAUGCUAAUCAGAUACUCUUGCGUAGGUUGUCGGGGACCAGAUGGGCGCUGUAUUUGGGGGUUUGCUUGAGGCGCCGCUCCUUCCAUCCAGUAAGAGGAAGUAUCAGGUACCUCAGAAUGGGUUCUCCUCACUCACUACUCGCAACAAAUGCAGCUAAUAUUCGCCAGAGUUGACUAUGUAUUUUGCCAUUUCAGGGAACGAAUAGCACCUUCAUCUUCACCACUCUCUCUACCCCUCCCUCCAUUUUCCGCCCGACAGGUGCCGGACCGCCCAUUUUUGACCGAUUAACCAUGCUUUCUCAAGCACCUGACCGAUGAUCGGACGCCUGCAGGAGCUAACCGGUACUUCUCCUUGUGCUCUCCCGACUUCCUGGCCAUCGGAGGCGGUGGGCACUUUGCGCUCUACCUGGACGGCGAUCUGUGAGCGCCCUCCCCUUGCUGAGACCAGCUUUUCUCUCCCGUUUGGCCAUUUCUGGCCAUUUUUCAUUCAGCUCCACGAUAAGCUAGACUCCCGUGCUAAAAAGAGACGCUUGGGUCAACAGUCUGAGCGGAUCGAGCUCCACAUCGGAGACCUUUGGCAACCCCUGCCUCGCACAUUCCGAAGAUUUUCAGGUCAAAGAAGUCGAGGUACGAGCAUUCUUCAUCAUCUUUAUCUAUCUUUCUUUGAGCUUAUGGAUCUUUUGAGUGGAUAGAAAGGGAGAGAGGGGCUGAGGCUGCUACUUCUGCUGCUGCCUCUGUGAAAUGCAGCUGUGGGGCUUCGUGUACGCCUCAAAGUAUGACGAGAUGAUGGCGCUCUGCCACGCCGAAGCCGCCGCCGGCAUCUGCCGCUGGUGA